AUGGAAGCCAGUCCCGUAGUGGGUCAUUUUACAGUUCACCGCUUCGAGAACGGGAACUGUGAGCACAGCUCACGUGGAGGUGGGUGUGAGCAUUCAAGCGUCAAGGAAUUCCCAAUUGAUAAGGAGCGGCAAGACAUUGAGUCUUUAGAUGAAAAACGGUGGCAUUCUAAGGGACUGCGUCCUUUUUGCGGCUUGUCAAGCCAUGAACUGAAGCAAGAGGUUAACAAGGAUUGUUUUGGCGUAGACUACACUCGUCAUAUUCGCACUGAAGAUUCACAGAAAAGAGUGUACUGGGUUCAUCCGACUCGAGGCGAAAUUCCGAAGUACCGUGGUGAAGUAUGA